UGGCUUGUUGGAGAAGAUGUUGGGACUUGAGAAGCAGACACCACCGACUUAUCGAGACGAACAAAGCAUAAUCGCCACACGCACGCAUUCUCAAGAAGUAUCACUGUCUUUAGCUAUAAUAUCAAGCAACGAACGAGAUCCAACACCCCAUUUCAAACUAUAUCAACCAAACAUCUCCAACCGACAACACCACCAUGUCUUCAGGCGGAUCAAACGGUACUGGCCGCGGCGGCAGCAGCGGGUCGGGAGGUAGCUCUUCGGGAUGGAACCCUAUCCUAUCCCACGGAUCCGCCAUUGGCAUCCUGAAACCCAACGUGGUCUUUGACGUCUAUGGCAACUCUUCGUCCACCGGUGGUUCCUCUUCCUCUUCCUCCAGCCGCGGCGGCAGCGGCGGUGGUGGCUCGUCGUCUUCCGGAUCGAGAGGCGGGCGAUGAGAGGAUGGCAGCAGGAUAUUCCAGCUUUGAUGGAGCGGACCAACUAGUUCAUGGGACUGCUUGUGCGAGACUCGAGGGGACAGGGGCCUGAUCAACCUUUUUGUCCCGAGUCCGUACAAAGCAAAGAAGCACCCUCGCAGAUAGGUGGAUAUCUAUUG